CCUAAAAGUAACUUAAGUCUCUUUGUUCUCAAGUUUCAACCCCCAAACCCAAAAUAAACCAACUCUCUCUCAGGUUAGACAGUUUCCAAGACUUCUUAUCAGCUCUUUUUGAUACUUUACUUCCUCGAAUCAACAAACAAACCAAUUCCCUUUUUAUUUUCUUUUUUCAAUUACACUCGCACAUAUAUACCAUGCCCUGUUAACACAAGCAAGCAAUCUGUUGAAAGAUACCGACACCCUUUUGUACUUUUUUCUGGGUUUGCAGUGUUGAACUGAUAAAUGAAGGGAGAGGAUCAGACGAGGUAUUUGUUCGGGAUUUCUUUAUCUGACCGGCCUAAAUGGCAACAGUUUCUUAUUUGCUCUUCCGGGUUCUUCUUUGGUUAUCUCAUUAAUGGCAUCUGCGAGGAAUAUGUGUAUAAUCGGCUCCAAUUCAGCUAUGGUUGGUAUUUCACAUUUGUACAAGGAUUUGUGUACUUGGUGCUUAUAUACUUGCAGGGUUUCACCCCCAAGCAAAUGGUGAACCCAUGGAAAACUUAUUGGAAACUCUCUGCUGUUCUUAUGGGUUCUCAUGGGUUGACUAAGGGGUCCCUGGCCUUUCUUAACUAUCCAGCUCAAAUCAUGUUCAAAUCCACCAAGGUACUGCCAGUCAUGUUAAUGGGAGCCUUCAUUCCAGGAUUGAGAAGAAAAUAUCCAGUUCACGAAUACAUAUCAGCUCUGCUUCUGGUUAUUGGUCUGAUCCUUUUCACCUUGGCAGAUGCUCAAACAUCUCCAAAUUUUAGUAUAAUUGGUGUGCUGAUGAUUUCUGGUGCUUUAAUUAUGGAUUCUUUGAUGGGUAAUUUGCAAGAAGCAAUUUUUACUAUGAAUCCUGACACCACGCAGAUCGAGGUGCUGUUCUGCUCGACAAUUGUUGGAUUGCCUUUCUUGCUUCCACCAAUGAUCCUGACUGGAGAGCUGUUUAAGGCUUGGAAAUCCUGUGCUCAACAUCCUUAUGUGUAUGGAGUGUUAGUAUUUGAAGCCAUGGCCACAUUCGUUGGCCAAAUUUCUGUUCUGUCCCUCAUUGCCAUUUUUGGUGCUGCUGCCACUGCCAUGAUAACAACUGCUAGAAAGGCAGUUACCUUGUUGCUCUCAUACAUGAUAUUCACAAAGCCAUUAACUGAGCAGCAUGGGACAGGGCUGCUACUUCUGGCCAUGGGAAUAAUAUUGAAGAUGGUUCCUGUAGAUUACAAACCCCCCACUAGGAGUGCAGCUAGACAUGGGAAGUCCCAUUUCAAAGAAGAAAUAAGCCUAGGAGAUAUUAGGAAAGCUGAAGGUGCUGAAGAAAAACGGCCCUUAGUGUGAGGACAAAGGUCAUAUAGAUUUAUUUUUUCAUUGUAAUUUUUUCCCGUUUCUCAUUACAUCCAGGGGGAGGGCAUAGAUGACAGGAAUAACAAAAGGUAUAUCAGGGAAGAAGAGAAAAUAGUGGAAACGUUAGCCACUUGUGAUGUGAAUCUCAUCGGUGAAACUGAUUCACCUUUUGGUGUUUUGGAAUGGAAUGGAAUUGAAUUUAUUGAUUGAAAUACAAGAACAGCAUUUCUUUCU